GUCGGAAGUGUCUGUUCGACUCUUGACUGCGUAUAGCAACCAUAAUCUCAAUUCUUAAUCAUGCCGAAACGUACACUGGAGGAUACAGAAUUGAAUCCUGGAGAUAAUGACAUCAAGGUCUCCUCCAAGAAAAGUCGCAAAGAAAAGCGAGAAAAGAAAUCUAAAGAUGCCGAAGGGCCAGCCACAGACUCCACCUCGAUUGAUGUUGAGGUAGAGUCAAAGGAGGCUCGUAAGGAAAAAAAAAGACUCAAGAAGGCGAAAAGAGCUCAAGAGGCAGAGGAGGAACAAUUACCUGAAGACAAUACCAUUGAGCCGACGUCAGAUGCCGAUGCUGCUGCAGGUAUUAAAGCUGCUAAAAAAGCCGAAAAGGCGCGAUUGAAGGCAUUGAAGAAGGAAGGAAAGCAAGAGAAAGUCGACAUUCCCGAAUCUACUGAUUCUGCAUCUCCCAUAAGUGCUGCUCCGCAGCAAAACGGGACAACAUAUACAGAAGAUUACAAUCUGAGUGGCUUGCCACAAACCGAAAUUGACUCCUUCCUGACCACAAACUUCAUCACCAUCACCGAUCCAUUAUCUGCCUCCGCUACUCUAAGACCCCUGAUAAAGUUCAACUACUUACCGAUCACCGACCCUGCCCAACGAGCUCCAUUUAAGGACUUCAAGGCUCCGACUCCUAUUCAAGCUGCGGCAUGGCCAUUUUUGCUGGCUGGCCGCGAUGUAAUUGGUGUUGCUGAGACGGGUUCGGGCAAAACAAUGGCAUUCGCCGUGCCUUGUGUACGUUACAUUUCAUCUUUAUCAAGAAAUCAAAAGAACAAAGGUCCCAGGGCUGUUGUCGUAUCGCCGACUCGAGAAUUAGCAAUGCAGAGUUAUGAGCAGAUCGUGAAACUUGCAAAGGCGUCUGGGCUUGAAUGUGUCUGCGUAUAUGGAGGUGUUCCUAAGGACGAACAGAUAAGAGCAUUGAAAACUGCGGACAUCGUUGUUGCCACCCCCGGUCGUCUCAACGAUCUUAUCAAUCAAGGAUGUGCAGACUUGAGCAAGGCUAGAUAUGUCGUUCUUGAUGAAGCUGAUCGUAUGCUGGAUAAAGGUUUUGAGGAAGAAAUUAGGAAGAUUAUCAAUACCACACCUUCUCUUGGAAAACGACAGACGCUCAUGUUCACGGCUACUUGGCCCGAGUCUGUUCGCGAGUUGGCUUCCACCUUCAUGACCAGCCCUGUCAAAAUCGCCAUUGGCGACAAUCCUACGGGGGAUCUUCGGGCUAACUCCCGCAUCGUGCAGAAGGUUGAGGUUGUGGAACCAAGGGACAAGGAAUACAGACUCAUGCAACUGCUGAAGCAAUAUCAAAGCGGUAGUCAAAAGGAUGAUCGGAUCCUGGUCUUUUGUUUGUACAAGAAGGAAGCGACAAGAGUGGAGGGUUUCAUCAGACAGAAGGGGUUCCGAGUUGCUGGAAUCCAUGGUGAUUUGAGUCAGGAACAAAGGACAAGAAGUUUGGAGGCUUUCAAGAGUGGUAAUACUCCAGUUCUGGUGGCCACAGAUGUCGCAGCUCGAGGUCUAGAUAUCCCUGCUGUCAAGCUAGUCAUCAACUGCACAUUCCCUCUUACCGUGGAAGAUUAUGUGCACCGCAUCGGUCGAACUGGUAGAGCUGGCAAAGAUGGAUUGGCGAUUACAUUAUUCACUGAGCAUGACAAGGCUCAGUCUGGCGCGUUAGUAUAAAUUCCACAAUCUCGAAUCGGCUAGGCACUAACAAACGGCAUAGUUUAAUCAACGUCCUCAAGGCAGCUAAUCAGCCAGUUCCUGACGAAUUAUUGAAAUUCGGGACUACGGUAAAGAAGAAGGCUCACGACGCGUACGGUGCAUUUUUCAAGAAUGUUGACACCACCAAAAAAGCAACGAAAAUAACAUUUGAUUAAGAUGCAACAAGCUAGGAUAAUUGUUCGCUUGAAGAGUAUAGAUUCAACCUUUAAUCGUACGGUAACAUUCGAGAAGAUGUUCCUUCUCACUCGUGGCUCUGUUGUGGCGUAACGGUUAGUAGUCUGUAGAUCGGCACCGCAGCUGAGAACUUACAGGAGAAUCACAAAAAUCAUU